CUUCUUCUUCUUCUCCGUUUAAAUUCUAAUUGUUUCACGAUCUUAGAAAGUUAUUCUACAAGCAUUGGGAAAUAGGCAUGCCAAGGAGAUGAUAAUUGCAAUAUUUAUCAAUGAAAAAUAAAUCACUGAAACGAGAUAAAGAAAACUGAAAACGAUUGAAAAUAUAUCGAACUGAACGCAGUGUUUAGUUGACUGUUCGUAGAACACAACAGUAAUGUGGUCUCAACAAUUAAUUUUGAGUAUAUUAGUUUUAAAUAUAAAUGGUCUCGUCCGACAUCCAGAAGAUAUAGAUGUGAAUUCGUUUUCAAAUGAAAUUGAAUUAUGGACCAAGUUGGACUAUGAGGGGGAAUUGUUCAAUGAUAUGAUAGAAUCCUUGAAAAUUCCUACAGAACUUCAGAAUUCUGACUGGAGAUCUUUUUCAGCAAAUUCUGAUACUAAGAUAUGUACAAUAUGUCGAGGAAUUUUAAAAACAUUUUUCAAUUUACGACGUAAAGGAAUGUCAGAAGAAGAUAUAAAAGAUAAAAUAGUAAAAUUAUGUGUACUGUUCAAUAUUCAAACCGAAAGAGUUUGUAAAGGAGUUGUUGAACUGAACUUGCCUAUCAUUCUCUAUAUAAUAGAUUCGAAACCAAAUUUAACAGCAAACACAGUUUGUGGCAUUGUUCUAGAAUCAAAAUCAUGUCCUUUAAGCGAUCCUGAAUUUGAUUGGAAUAUUCAUGUUGAUAACAAUUCUAAUGCAACAAUUACCGAUAAUGAAACACAAAAGCAAAUAAAAAUUUUACAAAUAACAGACCUACAUUAUGAUCCCCUUUAUGAACCAUAUGGCAAUUCGAUUUUGUGUAGAGAACCAGUUUGUUGUCGAAAAGGACAAAAUGAACCUAACAUGACUUCAUUCGCUGGCUUUUGGGGAGAUUAUAACUCCUGUGAUACCCCAUGGCAUGCAAUCACCGAUGCCUUAAAUCAUAUAAAAGACACACAUCAGGAUAUAGAUUUCAUAUAUUUUACUGGUGAUGUUAUAGACCAUGGAGUAUGGGAAACUUCAAAGGAAGGAAAUGUACAAAGUCUUGUAAAAAUUUAUGAAUAUAUUCAUGAUACUUUUAAUAAUACUAUAAUAUAUCCAAUAUUUGGAAAUCAUGAAUCAAAUCCUUUAAAUCAGUUCGCACCAAAAAAUAUAACGCAAGACAAUUUAACUACAAGUUGGCUUUAUAAAUUAAUGGCACACCUAUGGAUUGCAUAUGGAUGGUUACCAGAACAUACUCGUUCUACUAUACUUCAAGGAGGAUAUUACACUGUUGUCCCAAAAAGAGGAUUUAGAAUUAUAGCUUUAAAUAGCAAUGUGUGUUAUUCUUACAAUUGGUGGCUUUGGUAUAAUCCGCAAGAUCCUGAUAAUCAAUUACAUUGGCUUGCAACUAUUCUUUCUGAAGCAGAGAGGAAUGAUGAAUUUGUACAUGUUUUAUCCCAUAUACCCUCUAAUAGUAAUAGCUGUUUUAAAACAUGGAAACGAGAAUAUUUAAGAAUAGUUAACAGAUUUUCCCAUAUAAUUAAAGCUGAAUUCAAUGGACAUACUCAUAAUGAUGAAAUAGCAAUAUUUUAUAAUUCUGAUAUGAAAGCAACAAAUGUUGCCUGGAAUGGUGGUAGUGUAACAGCUUAUUCAAAAUUGAAUCCGAAUUAUAAAAUAUAUAUAGUAAAUUGCAGUAAUUAUGAAGUAGCUGAUUACCAAAAUUGGAUGUAUGAUCUCAGUUCUGCCAAUAAAAAUAUCCAUGUAAGACCAACCUGGUAUAAAUCAUAUUCUUUUAAAGCAGAAUAUGAUCUUCCAGAUUUAUCUGUUAAAUCCUUAAAUAAUUGGCUCUCUACAGCAGCAAAGAAUGAAACACUGUUAAAUAAGUAUUACAAGAACUUUUACAAGCGAGCGGCACCUUCAUUGCAAGAAAGUUGUGAUAUAAACUGUAAGAAACAGUAUUUAUGUCGUAUGAUUGUUCAUUCAAGAACUGAACUGUGUGAUAACAUUUUAAAGGAUUGAAAUUAAAAUUGAAAUAAAAAAUCAAAUUUUGCUAUA